AUGUGUCUCGUCCAGUGGGGUUCUCGUUUCCUGACGGAGACAGAAGCUCGCUACUAUACCAAAGAGCGGGAACUACUUGCAGUUACUAGGGCCAUGGCUAAAUAUCGCCUAUACUUGUCUGGAUCUCAGCAUUUCACCUCAAUGACUGAUCAUCGUCCCUUGAUACCGAUUCUCAACCACUACACAUUGGACGCCAUUGAGAACCCAAGCCUGCAACAACUCAAAGUGAAAGUGGCCCCCUAUAUCUUCAUCACAGUCUGGCGCUCAGGGAAACCGCUAUGCAUACCUGACGCCCUGUCUCACUCCCCAGCCAGCUACCCCACAUCUGAAGAUGAGGAAGAAUUCACCACCUCAACUGCACAUGGAGAGUUAGUGUUAUACUGGCCUCGGAUUGUCAUCCAUGCAGCAUUCCAUAGACGCACCUUGGCUUACCUUCACAACAGCUACCAAGGGACCAAAGCUACUAGAUGUCAUCCAAGACAGACAAUGUUUUGGGCAGGCAUUGAUGCCAAUAUAAAGAAUACAGUAGAAAGUUGUGACACCUGCCAACAACUUCUUCCCAGUCAGCAACAAGAGUGCAACGACCACCCAUCCCAGCCCUUCGAAAGUGUAUUCUCUACGGCCACCCUCUACGCACCUGUGUUCCAGCCCACCUCCUGGUCAUUCACGGAUGAGUGGCAAACUAAGACUGAGGACCACAACACACAUGCCCACCCUCUAACCAAGCUCACCAUCAGCCAGCGAGUCAGGAUCCAGGAUGCCAUGACGCUACGAUGGGACAAGGUCGGCAUCAUGAUGAGCCGUGGCAGGUCAAGACAGUAA